AUGAGUCGCCCACCGCCCGCAUCGCGCAUCAAGCCCCUCUCAGAGAAGAAAAGAGAGCGCGAGGUCCUCCAGUAUGUCGCCGCCUACCGUGACCUGCCUCACCUCGAAGGGUUGGCUGCCAGGCCAGAGUCGUCUCACCUGCCCGUCGACCACCAUGCGCGGCCCUCGACAGACUCGACCCUGACUGCGCUGUGCCAGCUGGCAGCCUUGCGCAUGAACGCGCAGCGAGCCUUGGUAUCGCUGAUAGACGAUACAUGCCAGCAUAUUCUGGCAGAGGCAACUCCUCGCUCCUCACUCCGCGGUGUAGCCCCACCUGGCGAUGGAUCUAACUCGUUGUGGUUGGGGAGUGUUAGCAUCCCUCGAAGUUGGGGUGUCUGCGAGCAGGUCCUGGGUUUGGACACGGGAAAAGUUGCCGCGGGCAAGGGAACGUCGGUCAUUAUUAACAAAGACCUUCUUGACAGCGAUCAAUACGCGCAACGCACUUAUGUUCGAGACGGUCCGCAAGUCCGGUUCUAUGCGGGCGCAGCACUUGUGAGCCCGCAUGGUGCCAUUGUGGGCGCAUUGUGUGUUUUCGAUGACGCGCCCAGACCAGUAGGUAUUCCAGACGAGGACGUGACUUACCUUGAGGAUCUCUCAGCCACCAUUGUCGAAUACCUAGGCAAUUACACCGUUAGGGACCGUUUCAAGCGUGGUGAGAAACUCACUCGAGGUCUUAUUUCCUUUGCGGAAGGUGCAUCUGCGCUGUUGCCACUCGACAGCAUCGAUCAGCUUAACUCAGAACCACGCUCGCCCACAACAACAACAUCAUCGACUUCAGGCUCUAACGUGGAGCCAAGAUCUUCGCACAAUGCGCCUACCGAGGAUCACCCUCCGUCGCAGGCACCCGAGACAACUUACGCUGCUUCGCAGGCAUCACAAGCGGGCUCUCAAGGGUCUGGACAGAACUCGUUGCGGCAAAAGCAACAGCAGUAUUCCACUGCUCUACAAGAUACCAUUCUGCCGAGGAACUCAAAAUCCAUGUUUGCACGAGCCGCCAAUGUCAUGCUGGCAUCUAGUGAUCUAGAUGGAGUUCUGAUUCUUGACGCAUCUAUCGCAGCAACUGGGCAUCGCCAGCAUCCAGCGGCUCCGCAGCGCGAACGUUUGAGUGGAAGCCUUUCAGAUGCUACAGAAUCUGCAGGGCUUAACUCAAAAUCGGAAUCAAGCGAGGAUAGCAGUUCUCACAGCAGCACCAACAGGAACCCAAAUUCCUCUUCGUCAUCAAAGAUGUCCGAAACCAAUUUGGCCCGCUUGUUACGAGCAUAUCCUCACGGAAAGGUAUUCAACUAUACCGCCACGGGUAUUUCUAUGUCCUCGACAGACGACUCGUCUUCAUACAGGUCACACGAAGAAACCCUGCCCGGUGGAGACGAUACACGUCCUACAGCCACUCGAAAAAAUACGCGCGCGUCUAGAAGCUCAAAAGCCAUAUCUGAAUUGCUUGUAGGCGCACGAAGCGUAGCGUUUGUGCCUUUUUGGGAUUAUGAGAGAUCAAGAUGGUUUGCAGGUUGUCUCUGUUGGACCAACAACCCCGAUCGAUUGCUCUCAGUUUCCGUGGAUCUGGCCUACUUCAACAUUUUCAGCCACUCCAUCAUGCGAGAAUUGUCGCGCCUGGACGCCGUUGCGUUGAAUCAACAGAAAACUACUUUCGUUGCUUCCAUUUCACACGAAUUGCGUUCGCCCUUACAUGGUAUCCUGGGGACAUUGGAGUUUAUCAAAGAUACUCCACUCGACACUUUCCAAACCAGCAUGCUGAACUCGCUGAAUAGUUGCGGUCAAACUCUUCUUGACACAAUCAAUCACGUUAUGGAUCAUUCCAAGAUGAGUGAGACAACGAAUAACGUUUCUACCAGACGACUCAAAAACACGAAGACCGUACGACUAUCGUCUAAGCCCCUUAAGACACGGCGUCUACGAGAUCCGGCCUUCGACCUAGGUAUAGCCACCGAAGAGGUCGUGGAAGCUGUCUUUGCUGGAUCUUCAUUCCUUCCAAUCAUGAGUUUGAACAACGUACCUCUGUCUCCAACGGAAUCGACGUCCGCAUCUCUUCACACCGAUGUUUCUGAGCCUACAACGAAACGCAAAACGUGCUACAUCAUACUAGAUGUCGCACAUGAGCAGGACUGGAUUUACUGUUUUCCCGUGGGGUCUUGGAAGAGAACUGUCAUGAACAUCUUUGGCAAUGCCGUCAAGUACACACAGACAGGCCAUAUUACCGUCUCGCUCCACGCUACAGACGCUGCCAGAACGACAGGCUCUGCCACCACAAUCACUCUCACCGUCACCGACACAGGAACCGGCAUGAGCCCUGCGUUCCUCGCGAACAAGGCAUUCCAGCCGUUCUCGCAGGAGAAUCCGCACAGUUCGGGAGUAGGUCUGGGCCUGAGUAUUAUCCGGCAGAUCAUUGAGACGAACGGUGGCAAAAUCGAAGUCAGCAGUGACCAUUCUUUUGGUACCAAAAUCACCGUCAAGCUCUCUUUGAUCAGACCUGAGACGGCGCAAAUUGCUCUGCCUCAGCGAAACGAAUAUCUUUCCUUGUUACCGCGCUUGAAAGGUCGCAGGAUAUGCAUAUUGCAUAGGGCCGAAUCUAACCAAGACUUACUGGAUGAGCCGCAAAAUGCUGAAGGUCUCGCGAAGUUCACUCGCGCUUUGACUACGACUUUGGCCAACCACCUGGAGAUGGAUGUUGUGCAAACAACAAAGUGGGAAGGCAACAAUGCUGACCUUGUCAUUUGUCCGGAACCGUCCUUCGAUUACCUCGCCUCCAUCAGGCAUCAAAGAGCCGACACCAAAGCCUCGAAAGCAGCAGUGACUAUCUUUGUUGCGCUGGACGCACUCGAAGCGGCGACUCUACGUUCCGAUGUUCGCGUCAAGAACAAGGAAUCAGUGGUCGAGAUUUUGACCCAGCCACUCGGACCCCACAAACUAGCCUAUGUGCUGAACAAAUGUCUCGAUCGGUUGAAACAUCCGGAUGAGAACGUACAGCCAGCUUCCAAUCUUACCCAUAUUUCCACACCUAAUCUCUCACAGCCACCAUCCGUCGAGCGGUCCAUAACGCUUUCUCCUUCACCAAUCCUAUCUCCUCCGCCGGUUGAGAUGCCACCACUCAAGCCACUGCCCACCGCAUCCAAAAUUCUUAUUACGGACGAUAAUGCGAUCAACCGUAGGCUCCUCGUAGCAUUUACGAAGAAAUACAAUCUCCAAUACGCGGAAGCAGAAAACGGCCUUGAAGCACUUCGCGCAUACCAGUCAUCUCAAGUGCAAUUCGAUGUCAUUCUGAUGGAUAUGUCGAUGCCGGUCAUGGAUGGCAUGUCAGCAACUCGAGCAAUUCGGCAGUACGAGCAAGAGUACAACGUCCCACGGUGCUGCAUCAUCGCCCUGACGGGCCUGGCAUCCGCGAGCGCGAAACUAGAGGCUUGGAACUCGGGGAUAGACCAUUUCAUGACUAAGCCAGUUAACUUCAAAGCACUCGAGAAGUUUCUCAAGAAGGAGGAAGUGAGGCACGAUGGAGGUGCAAAUAAAGAAGUGGCUUCGGCUUCGGCUCCUGCUUCGGCUCCUGCUUCGUACGAGGAACGAAAUCAUUCGCCUUGA